AUGUCCCUUCCUUGCUUUCCCAAUCAAAGUGAAUUUCAAGUUACAUCAACACUCACUCCUUAUGACGUUGCGAUUCUAGUUCUGAUUUACAUACAUUCCUAUACGGAUCAAGAUAUAGACUGCAAUAUAUUUGUCAAGCUGAUUAUACCAACAUUCCAAACAUCUGCAUUUGAUCCGCUCUCUGAGUCUGACUGGUAUACUAAAAAUAAUGAUGGUAUAUUGCUUCCAACCAGUGGUCACUUUGUCAGUCUACUGACGUCAAACCAACAACUAUUCACAAGUUUUAUUAAGCACUUAACAGGCCUACGGGAAGUGGACUGUAUUACCCAAUUGAUUAACUUACUUUUUGACGAAACAUUAAUUGAAGAUAGUGAAGGAAUUCAAAAGUUUCGAGACAGGGAUUUUAUCCAUAUCAAUGGGUAUGUGAAAAAACCCUUCACAAAAAGGAGUGUUAUUGGCCAAUACGUUCAAAAUUAUUAUAGUAAACACAAAUUGAGUGUUUUUGAAGAUAGUAUAAACCUUUGGACCCGUUUUGAACAAUUCAGGGACAGUUGUGAAUCCAGAUAUUAUGAAAGUCAUAGGAGAAUGAGGAAGCUCUCUCAUGGAUCACCGUUUAUCUUUUCCCAAACAUCCCCGAACAGCGAUGAUGGCGAUUCAAUUGACUUUAUCAGUCAUUUGCAAACUCUAGCAAAGGGUGUUACAUCAAGGCAAGACCAACCCGUCAUAUUAUUAUCUACUGAGUACUUCCAACAUAUUUUAAACUGGUGCAUAUAUAUGUGUUUUUAUGAUGUGGCUGAUCCCAACUAUGAACAUAUAUUAGAAAUGUUAAAUAAAGUUUCCUUAGCCGAUGUAACAAGAUUUCCAUCGUUGCAUAUUUUACAUUAUUUACAAGCUAUGAAGUCGCGAUAUUAUCAAGAUGCAUUAGACUCGUUACAUAGUUAUUAUGAUUAUAUGCUGACCGGAAAUUCUAACAAAUGUUUCCAUAUGUCAUUACUCAGUCUUGCCACUUUCCAUUCUUCAUUCCAUGAUUGUGAUGCUGCAAUCCGCAGUUUUGAAGAGGCAACAAAGAGCGCAAGAGAGAAUAAAGAUUCUAGAACAUUAAACCUGAUAAUGAUAUGGAUGGUCGCUUUCAUUGAAAGAUACCCAGAAAAUGCCUCUAAAUUUCAGGUGACAAUAGAUCAAAUUAUAGAAUAUUUGAAGAAGCAUUCAGACUCAGAGAAUAUUCUAGUCUUUGAAAGCGCCUAUAAGUUUGAAUCUAUGACAUCAUUGAUGAAUAAUGACAAUGUCAUGACAGUGUUAUAUUCAUCGCUCAAACAUAUGAUUAUCACUUUGCAACAUGGUAGGUCUAGAUCGAUCAUGGUGAAUAUGUUAAAAUAUAGAAAGAAUCUGUGGGAUUCAUUAGGGUAUGGAUCUGUGGGAGAUUUGUAUUCUCCCUUUUUAGAAAAGCAUGCUCAAGAGGUAAUUCCCUUCAUACGAAGAUCAAUUUCCAUGGAUGAUAAAAUAAGAAAUGACAAAUAUAAAUCUCUGUACGAGAUCGUAACUGGUUUAAAGAAUCCAUCUUUGCAAUAUCAAGAAAGCAUGGAAUUAAAAUUGUUGGAAAUACGGCGUCUGAUAUCUUGUGGAGACUCUCGGGCCGCCAUGGAAAGAAUUGCCGAGAGAAUCAAAGAAUGUGAUGAUAAAUAUUCGGACAAACGAUGGAAAUUUGAGUUUCAAAAAGAAAAAUGCCAAGUAUUUCUGCAUUCAGGCAAGGGAAUACGAUGCAUGCCUGUGUUGAAGAAUAUGAUCGAUGAAUCUCACCUAACAUACAACCAACUACAAUCGAUGGAAUCCUUGGUUAUUCUUCUAAAAUUACUGAUUCAAAUUAAUAAGAGGGAAGAAGCAUUAUCUUGCAUGAAUUUGAAUCUGACUGCUCUUUUACAAUUCCCUAUUUUAAGAGGAACUGUCUUGGAAUUAUUCCAGCAAUUAAUGUAA